AGGCUUGGCCAUCCCGGUUAUCGACCUUGGUGGUGACUCGUCGUGGACACCAUCCCAGCGAGCAGAAGUUGUGGGCAGAGUGAAGGCAGCCACGGAGACGGUGGGCUUCUUCCAGGUGGUGAACCACGGCGUGACGAAGGCGGCCAUGUCGCAGAUGCUGGCUGCAGUGAGGAGCUUCCACGAAGAGUCAGGUGAGGCGAAGAUGCCGUACCACACGAGGGACCGGGGCAGGCACGUGCGGUACCACAACAACUUCGAUCUCUUCCAGUCGCCGGCGGCUAACUGGCGCGACACCCUGUACGUGGAGAUGAUGCCGACGGGGCCGGCGCCCAAUGAGAUCCCGCCGGCGUGCAGGGGCAUCAUGGAGGAGUGCACAAGUCUGGUGCAGGGUGUGGGCGGCACGGUGCUGGGGCUGCUGUCGGAGGCGCUGGGCCUCCAGCGUGGGCACCUGGAGCAGGAAGUCGGGUGCCUGGGGGGGCUGGUUGUCGUGGGCCACUACUACCCUGCAUGCCCGGAGCCGCACCUGACCAUCGGCACCACCAGGCACACCGACCCGAGCUUUUUCACAGUGCUCCUCCAGGACGGUGUCGGUGGCCUCCAGGUGCUCCUUCGGGACGGCGGCUGGGUGGAUGUGCCUGCCGUGCCCGGCGCGCUGGUCGUCAACAUCGCCGACUACCUGCAGCUCAUCUCCAACGACAGGUUCAGGAGCGUGGACUACCGCGUGCUGUCCAAGAGCGUGGGGCCUCGUGUCUCGGUGGCCUGCUUCUUCCGAACGCACGGCGAGGCUGCGUCCAGGAGGGCGCAAGUUUUAAAUAGCCGGCUAUAG